CUAACCGUUGCUAAGUUACUUCGCGUUGUGGUAAAACCAUAGAUGUGAAGUAAUGGUUAGAUCGACAGCAGAAACUUCCUCCCUCUGGGCAAACGAAAAGUCAUAACAUUGUUCAGAAAUUUUAUGGAGAUACAUAACGAAUAACACCCUGUGAUAGUAUUACAAUAUUAGUAUUAUUCCGUAUUAAGUGAAACGCUUGUAUUAAAUAUUCUCUCUUAACUGUUGGCGUGUGUGGAUGUGGAUUAAAAACCUCGCGAGAUCUGAGUAACAACCUAUUGUGUUUGGGAAAUUCGAAUUAGUUUAUCAGAAGAAAGAACCUUGGAUAUCGUGUGAAUAUGCAGUUAACAGUAUGAAUGGCUUCCCAGACCACACUUGUUGGAUCAGUGCUGUCACUACAAGAUCAUUGUUUUUUCUAUCCAUCUUGUCGGAAGUGUUUGUCACGUUUGAUAGUAAAUAAAAACAGAUGCUACUGCAGAAAAUGUGGUUAUUCUUGUGAAGUACACAAUGUUUGUUACCGAUACAGGCUAUCCUUGGGAGCAGCAGAUAAAAAUGAGAUUUUUGGUGUCACAGUUUUUGGCAGCUGCUUGGAUCCUUACUUUGGUGUCACUGCAGGUUUUCUGCAAAGAUUUGUAGAAGAUUUAAAGAACAAUGCUGAAGAGGUUGACUGUGAUCGCCUACGCAGUUUGUUAGUUCGAGCAGUGGAGUACUGUUUUAUAGGAAGACAUUUUAUAUUUGGAGUUAAGUUGUCCCCAAGUCAAACCAAGGCAGACCCUUUAAAUUCAGAAACCACUUCACAGACUUUGUUCAACAGACAUGGAUAUAAUAGGCAGCUUAUUGCUUAUUAUUUUUCUGUGCCAAACACUUCUUUAUUUGGCUGCACUGUAAUGAGCUAUUUUAAGGAGCUCCUGCAAUCAUUUAAUGUUGGCCAUUUUAUCAGUGAUUCACAACUCCCAGGAACUUGCUCACAUACAUCAGAAAUAGACAGUUGCAACUCAUUUAACAGCUUAGGAAGCUAUUUGACAAUAUGUGGAGAGUCACAGGAAGCAUGCAGUCAUUUGAGUCAAUCUGAAGGACCUUUACAGCAGGCACAUGAAAUUAUCACUUCUUCAUUAGAAUGUCAUUGCAAAAUGAAGAUGGAUGGUACUAUUAUAAAUUGUUCACUCUGGGAUAAGAAAUCACCGCAGGUAAAUUCUAGCCUACAAAAAUACAAAUGCAACCACACAAGGUGCUGCCUUGAUUCAUGGUGUUCCUCUGGUUUGCAAGUGGUAGAUGAAGACUGCCAAAGAAAAAAGAAAAACGUUUUCAGCGUGUGUGAAAGAACUUCUGCUUGUUUUGCUGAGGAAAAAUUGCCUUUUUUAAGGGACAGCUUUGGACAGGAGAACUCUCUCAACAAAGAGAGGCUGGCUUUCAGACAAUCACCUUGUUUUAAAUCAAGUACAUUGGAAAGAUAUCAUGAAGCUACUGAAAAAAACAAAGAAUGUGAUUUGGAUGAUGCUCAAGAUAUUAUAAAGAUUAAAAGAAAAAAAAAUGAUAAUACUUUGUGGAAAUGGCGAAAUCUCUCUUUCUCAGAAAACAUCGAGUUUAUGAAUGAAUUUAAAAAGAAUGACAAGAUAUCAAAUGAGAGUACUGAAGUUAAAAACAUUAAUGAAUUUGUGGAUAUUAGAAAUACAGUCCCUACAAGUGAUCAUAUUACAAAAAGAUGCACAUUCCAGAAUAUGACUAACUGUGGUAAUGUUAAAUCUUUUCAACAACCAGUCACCAAUCCUUUCAGUGGCACAAGCAAAGAAAAUUAUGUAUCAACUGGAGACAAACAAAAAGGCAGCAGCAGUGUUAAAAUAUUGAGCACCGUCAAGCAUGUAAAUGAAAUGAAGAUACCCUUUUUAAAGAAGCAGCUACCCACAUUUAAUAGCUCUAAGAACUAUAAUGAUGGAAGUGUUUCUGACUGCACAAUCAAUGGGGUAUGUUUUAUAAACAAAUGCCAGACACCACAGGUCAUUUAUAAUAACUUAGAUAAUCUGUACAAUGCUUCAGCUGAUCUUUUUAGUAGUGUGGACAGUGCAUGCAUUAAAGAUGAAGAAGUGAAGUUGACAGAGUCAACAGAUUUAAAACCAGAAAACCGUUCUUUGUUUGUCAAUGAAAAUGCUUUAGCUGUUAAAAAUGAUGUAAGGCUUAAUUUUAAUUUUCUUCAGACACUACCCACCACUGUUAAAGAUAUGUUUCAUCAGGAAAUUGACAAAGAAAGUUGUGACUCUGAUCCAGAUUUGUGUGACUGGCAAAAUUUUGUUCCUUGUUCACAGUCAACUCCUGUUCUAAAGCAUGCCAGUUCUAAAAGAAAUUCCAUCGUUCACCUGUCAUUUGCAAGUUCUCAACUCAAGCUUGGAAAUCGCCCACAUAAAAGGAAAACUCUCAAAUAUCUCCCCGUGAAACAAAAUUUUCACUGGAAAAGUAAAAAAAAACUUCAGAAAAAGAAAAACUUGAUGAAUUCUUUUUUAACCAGACAUUCACAGACAUUUGAUAAUUCUGAAAGUUUCAGGGGUGACAAAGUGAAAAGUAAUGAAUUGUGCAAAAAACAACUUAAAAGAUAUGGCAAAAGAGCUGACAGUUCUGUCAUCACAUACAAUGAUAAUUCUACCGUUACUUUACAUAACAAUGAUAAACAUAAUCGGCAGAAUACUUCUGGAUACGUGUCUGAAGAUCUUUUUGGUGAAAGCUCAAAGACACCAUUCACCUAAAGACAGAAAUUAUUUCUUGCUGUUUAUUAAAAUUUAGAAAAUUAACAUUAUUAUAUCACAUAACAGUGAAAGUUGUCUUUAUAAUUGUUUAUGCUAUUUUAACAUAAUUAUUCUGACAUUAGUAUCAAGAAGAGCUAUACUUAAAAGAUGUAAUGGAAUCUUGAGCCUAUGUUUUAACUGAAUUAAUAAGGUAUUUUGAGGUAUGAAAAGAUUAACUUUGUUUCUGCUUGUUAAACUAAAGAAAAAUCAGUCUGGUUAAUACAGUUGUAUAAAGCUUAACAGUUGUACAUUUAUGUUUAUAUAAAUUAACUGCAAAUUUGUAUUUCAAUUACCUAUUUGUAUAUUGUAUAUCUGAAACAAAGUGGAAAAUUAUGAUAAAAGCAUUUCCUAAUUUAUUUCAUAAGGACUUCUCCUUUUUGGUGUUUAUAUAGUGCAGAUUACUGUGGUAACAGGCUGAGCUGAGAAAGCUAGCUUUGGUGGGAUUCCUAGGCACUACAGGGAUAUCUAAGAAAAGUAAAUCCUGAUUGUCCCAAACGGGGCCUGCUAUAUCUACCAUUUCAAUAAAAUGUAGUCGAUCAUCCUGUACUGUCUAACUCACACCCCUAUCACCAAACGCGACCCCAGCAUAGAAGCAUUUUACCUACAAGAAUGUUCUGUUACCUUCCAUGUCUCCUGAUGUGGAAGAGUAUGAAAAUGGAUACUGUCAAACACAAACUGUAAAUGUUUUGUUAGAUUGAGGAAUUGCACUCUAUUCACCUAUACUGCCUAGCGCAUAUGCUUACAGUGCUGCUGCUGCCGCCGCCACAUUAACAUUUGUAACUUCAUGAUCUCUUCUCCAUUUGCAUUAAACUGCUUCACCAGAGGUCGUUGUUAUCCCCUCUAUUCGGGAAGAACCAUGUCCACCAUAUUAGGAUCAGUUCCACCAAUCAAGGGCAAAGCAUUGCUUUUUCAUUCACUGCCAUGUAAAUAAUUUUGAAAGGCACUCACUGCUUCCCACAACUAAUUUUAUGGCAAAAUGGUGACCAUCGACAUUUGAAUAAACCCCUUUUAGAUAUUGAUACAUUUUACAGGAGACAACUGAUGUUCCAUUUAUUGAUUUGCUGUUGUGAAGAGCAUGGACAAAUUGGUUUCUACAAAUCAAUCUAGAGAAAGAGAUGUCAUUCUAUAAAUGAUGUAGAGAAAACAAUCCAAUCAUUUAUGCAGUAUUUAUUUAUAUUAAGAUGAUUGACUGGCACUAAGAAAAGAAGUCACAUCACUCCGGUUUUAGGAUUCAUUCUAAACUGCUACUUUUUGUUUUUUGAUGCCUUUAAUGGUUUGGCCCCUUCUUAUAUUGUUGACUUGCUCUGCCCCCAGUCAUCCACCAGGUCAUCAAGUCAGCUAUUAUUAAAUGUGCCUUGAUCCUAGUUAAAAUGCAAGUAGCUGCCCCAAGAUUGUGGAACCGGUUACUUCUCAAUAUUGAACCUGCUCCUUAUAUUAUGGUUUUUAUAAUCUAGACUCAAAACACACCUUUUUUAUUAGCUUUCAAAUCUAUCUAGAUGCAUCUUUUUCAUACUUUUGCUUUUUUGUCUGUGCUAAUGAUGAUAUGGUUUGUAACUUUGUUUUUCUUUUCCUCACGUUUUAUAUGCACGGCAGUUUGGUUAACACAAUGUCAUUUUUAAAUUUGCUUUAUUAAUAAAAAAAAAAAUGCUUGCUAAUACAUGAGAUCUGGCUUUCUCCCAGGCAAUGAGGUAAUAUUUCAGAUCCAAAAAGGCUGGUUCCUUCAACAAGGUCCAGUGAACUCAAGUUUGUCCACCACUCAGCAGGCACUGCACUCAAUCUUUAUCUUUUGGCUUGAGCACACACAACUUGUGAGCUGUAGCUAAGCCAAGCUGCUCUUCCAGUCACUACAAAUGUCUAUUAAUGUUAAUAUCUGAGCUUAACUACUGUAAGUAAAGAUGUGUGUCUUGUAUGAGAAGCUCGUUAAGGUAUUUGUAUAGAGAUUAUACAAAGUUGCAUGCAAAUUAUUAUUGCAUAUUAUCUGUAGUAUAUAUAACCUUCUCAAAACUGCCUAAUCUACUAGAAUGGUCAGAGCCUAUCCCAGCAUCACUGUGUGUAAGGCUGGAGCCAGUGCUAGAAGGCUGUUCUCACACACAUAUACACACAUAGCAUUUCCAAAAAACCUAACAAUGUUUUGGGGGUACUGUAUACAAAAAAAGAGCAAUAUUACCAUAUGUUUAUAAAAUACUUACUCUUAAUAAAUUAAUUGAAAAUUAAUUUAUAUUAAAGUCUAAAAGUCUUAAUAGAUUCUAAUGUGGAUCUGUUCUGCAUAGCUGGA